AUGAAUCUGUCUACCUUCCUGUCAAUCACUGGGCUCUGCCUGUUGCUCAGCUGGUGUGAUGGCUCAGAAAACCCUGGUCGACCUUUCAAACUAGAAGCUGUUGAGGAGGCAAAGAAGACUGUGAAUGAGGCCUACAAGUAUUCACGUGAAGAGAGUCUGAGGAGAGUGCGCAGAGAGGACAUCCGCCCCUCAGAUAUUUGGCGACUGACGAAGCAGCCAACAGGGGAUACCCUCAAUGCAGUACGGGCCGCCGACAUCCUGGACAUCGCCCUCGGGCUCAUUCACGAGUGGGCCCAGAUAUCGAAUAAUAUCACAGACCUGAUCACAAAGGACGAAAUGCUGUUCAUUGAGUGUUUCACAGGCUGUACUAGUCGUGUCCUGACCCCAUCCUGCAGAACAACACCCUUAAUCAACAAGUACCGUACCGCCACCAGUGUCUGCAACAACAAGAAAAACCCAUGGCUUGGAGCUUCAAACACACCUUUUGCCAGAUGGCUGCCGGCCGAGUAUGAAGAUGGCAUUUCUCAACCAAAAGGGUGGGACCGGAAUAGAAAGUACAACAAUUUUCUGCUCCCUCUGGUGAGAGAGGUGUCCAACCGCAUCAUGAGCACCACUGACAAUGGUGUUGAGAGUGACAAUGAGUACUCCUACCUGUUGGCGGUCUUCGGUCAGUUUAACGACCAUGGCAUGACAUUCACGCCUACCUCACCCAGCAUACGCUCUUUCAGCAUCUUGCCCAGCAUACGCUCUUUCAGCAUCCCGCCUACCCCCCCCAGCAUACGCUCUUACAGCAAUGGCCUGGACUGUGAAACCAGCUGCGAGCAGUCCAAUCCCUGUUUCCCCAUACUGAUCCCUAAAGGAGACCCCCUGCUGUCCCAAGAAAAAUGCCUCCCAUUCUUCCGCUCAGCUCCGACCUGUGGCACCGGGAACAGUGCCUUCAUGUUCGGCAGGCAGGCCAAUGUGCGUAAACAGAUCGACUCGCAAACGGCCUUUCUGGACAUGAGCCAGGUGUACGGCUCGGAGGACAAGCAGGCACGCGACCUGCGCGACCUCACCGACGACGGAGGCCUGCUACGCGUCAACCAGAGGUUCCGUGACCCCUCGGGCAACCGGGAGCUGCUGCCAUUCUCGAGUGCGGAGGUAAACAUGUGCGCUACACGCCGACGAAUCACCAAUGACACCACUGCAGAGGAAGUGCCUUGUUUUGCGGCAGGUGAUCCCCGUGUCAAUGAGAACCUUGCCCUGACGUCUCUCCAAACUCUGUUCCUGCGGGAACACAACCGCCUGGCCCGGGCCCUGCGGCAGCUUAACCCCCACUGGAGCAGCGAGACCCUCUACCAGGAGGCCCGCAAGAUCCUGGGUGGUUACGAACAGGUCAUUACAUACCGUGACUACCUGUUGCACAUCAUUGGCCCAGAGGCGCACAGCAGAUACCUGGGCACUUACUCGGGCUACAACGACAGCGUGGACCCAAGUGUCGCCAACGUGUUUGCCACGGCUGCCUACCGCUUUGGCCACAACACCAUCCCGCCACUGAUGUUUCGUCUGGAUGAGAACUACAAUGAUAACCCUCAGUUUCCUACCGUACCCCUCUUCAAAGCUUUCUCUACACCAUGGAGGGUGGUCUUUGAAGGUGGCAUUGAUCCUGUGAUCCGGGGCAUGGUGGGGCGAAAGGCUAAGCUAAUGACCCAGGACCAUAUGAUGGUGAAUGGACUUCGGGAGAAGCUCUUCGAGUUUGCCAAACACGUGGCGAUGGACCUUGCCUCCAUUAACCUCCAGCGAGGCAGAGAUCAUGCCUUACCUGGGUAUAAUGCAUGGCGCCGUAUCUGUGGUCUCUCUACACCCAAGACAGAGGCAGAACUGGCUCAGGUCUUGCAGAACAGUGACCUAGCCCACCGGAUCCUGGAGCUGUAUGGAUCCCCUGACAACAUUGACCCUUGGCUUGGCGGUGUGGCUGAGCCUUUUGUCCCUGGGGGCCGCGUGGGGCCCCUUUUUGCCUGUCUCAUCGCUACUCAGUUCCAGAAGGUCCGUGAUGGGGACAGGCUGUGGUGGGAGAAUCAUGGGGUGUUCACGAGGGCACAGGUGAACUCGUUGGCCUCGGUCUCUAUGGCCCGCAUCAUCUGUGACAACACUGGUAUCAGAGAUCUUCCGAGCAAUCCUUUGCUCUUCAGUUCCCGCGUCUCGGGCUACACCAACUGUGAUGACAUCCCCCCAUUCGACCUCCAUCCAUGGCUAGAGACAGGUCUGAACGCUGCCCACAACAGGGCAGUGGUGAUGACCGCCUUCUCAUCCUUCAUGGACGGCCGAAUCAACUUCACCGGGGAUACAGUGGUGCAGCUGGGGCUGGGGGAUGAGGUGUGGCUAGAGGCCAGCCAGGGGGGGUCUGGACUUCUCUCAGAGAGUUUCUUUACUGGACACAUCCUCUUCACAGUCUAA